UUAGUCAAUGGUGGCAAGUCACAAAGGAAAUAACAACGAAUGGUUUACCGACAACCCCCGAUAACCAUCCUUACCUGGACAAGAAUGUCGGCACAGUGACUGACAGUUGGACAAUGCUACAUAAUGCUCGCUGAAAAGUUCCCAUGCAUUACAGUCUAUCAAAAUCACUUCAGUGCCAAUCACUCAUGCUGUCAGUUGAACUCGGAGCUAUUAAUGUGAGAUAAAAGAUGACUCAACCUCAAAAGGGCCUCUGUAUGUAUAGGGCGCUCAAGUCAAACUGGGCAAGGAAAGUGGGCACCGCUAUGGUCUCCGUGGGUGAGGUUGUGACUGUUUCUCGUCUCUGUUAACUCUAGCAUGGAUACCGAUAUAGAUACCAUAGACCUAGAGGCAGAAUCCUUCGAUUACUGCCUGGACAUCAGCGGGGAGAACCUAGAGGACCUCCUGGCAUAUGAUGACCUCUUCCUCGACUACUUCAACGCCUUCCUCGGACUUCCGGUGUUUCCCCAAGCCCUGGGCUACAACCGUCUGACCGGGGCGUUCGAGGAGAUUGACCUGAGUGACCUGAGCGGCUCCCUGUCCGGGUGCGUGUCCCCCUCUGUCCACUAUGGCGCCACCACUGGGGAGUGCGAGAAGAUGCUGGAGUGGGCUAGGGAGGAGAGACUCCCCCAGUUUCUCAGAACUCAGCUGUUCCGAGAACUUAAGUUGUGCAAGCUGUUGCUGCGGCCCCUUGACGACCGUAUCUCUGCCAGCCGCAACUCCAGCCGACAGCUACGGGGAUACAGUCGUCAGUCCGAGAGCUACGUGUCCAGCCUUAGCAACAGCGCCGACAACAGUGCUGAAGAUGCCUUGGAUGACGAGUUCGGCCUGAUGGAACUGAGACAUUCGGCAUUAUACAGAUUCCGGAGACCUGGCAGUAGAGCACUCAGUGACCCCGCCGGGAGGAUUUACUAUGACAUUGGAGACGGCUACAGUGACAUGAGCGACACAACCUCCACCGGCACACCCCCUCCGGCUGCCCCCCGGGGGCCACGGAACCCCAGCAACGGGACACACAAGGAGCGAGGGGCGCUCACAGAGCGGGCGUCUUGUUCCCAGGGGGACAAGCGAGGGGGACAAAAGACAGGCAGCACGUCCAAGCGGGCAACCAGAAUAUCAUCAGAGGUGGAAGUGUUCCCGUCAGAUUCCAAUAAAGGUGUGAGAAGUCAUUCGUCCAAGCACGGCAAGCGCCCACCAUACUCAUCAACCGAGGAGGCUUUUCUACGGGGGGCCAGAGCCAUCUCGGCCCCUAUCAACUACGACGAGUACUUAAAGGCCCCCUACUUGAACGACUUCGACGCCCUGUUUGGCGAGGUCGAGCCGGAGCCGACGGGGGAGAGAUACGUGGUGUUCGAGGACAGCUCCGACGACGACAACACGGAGACAGACGUCCGCAACAUGGAGGGGAGGUUGAGGAUGUCGUUGCAGCAGAUGAAGGAGCAGGUUCUGGGAACGCUCUCGGGGAUGGAAGCGUUCCGGUCCUUCCUCCACGACACGGCGGGUCUGAGUCUGCUCAACUUCUGGCUGGACUGCGAGUUCUACAAGGACUCCAUGCAGGAUGAGGAAGAGGACUCCUCCCUGGAGACAAGGAACAGGUUGUUCAGAGACAUCCAGGACAAGUACAAGCUGAACCUGACCCAGGAUGCACGGAACUACAUCAGCAAGUCCGCCUCCAACAUGUGCCUCAGUCACACCAUCUUCCUACGCACCCAGUACGACGUCCUGCGACGGCUGCGGGCCUACUGGGUACCCCGGUUCUUGCUGCAUCACGAGAGGAUGGAGCCGUUCAGCUACGUGAAGCAGGAUCCGGAGACUGUAUCGUGGAGCAUCAAGAAGACCAUGCCCAAGAACCCCGUGCCCUUCUUCCCAUCAAUCUCCUUGGUGAGGUCAAUGCCUCUGCGUCCUGAUGACGCGUUGUCGUCGUCCUUGACCUCCAACUGGGACACCGUCACCAAGGGCAACACAAGCAGGGACAUCAUGUCUGUGCAAGGGAGACGACCGUCGUCGCUUGCCAGACAUAAUGGCUUAUGUUGCUUCAGGUCCACCAAGGAACGGUUCCUGCUGGCGCUGAGCGCGGACCGACUAGCCGGCGGACCUUUCCAGAAACAUCUUGAAAAGAACGGGGACCAGUCGUUGCUGUCCAACCUGUUGUUCUGGGAGGAUGUCACGGAAUACGGCGCCACCGAGGACAAGUCUGCAGACCGACUCCUCCGACUACAGCACGCAUGGGCCAUCUACAACAGGUUCCUGGCUCACGACAGCCCCUACUACGUCGGUCUCCCCGACUCUAUACGAGAUCGCCUCCACCAGAGCCUCCUGGAGGCUCGGGACUUCGUGGAGGCUUCCAUCUACGACUCCGCCAAGUACCAGGCCGUGGACCGACUCGAGAAAGCCUGGAUCAGGUUCCUGAAGGAAGACCUCAAGACUUUCCUAGAUUGCCGAGUGCGUCCAGAUGCGGACAGUCCUCCUAGCACUGCCGACGCCAUUGAGAUUACCGUCACCGACACGGAGGUGGUCAUCAAACGACCUCGACCUUGGGUCAGAAGGCUCCAGCCGCUCAGGGUUCCUGGAUCUACGGCAUCUGAGAGGGCACGACGACUACAGCGUGCAUUACAUGUGGCCGAAGACAUUGACUUCGACAGGAGGGCAUUGAAUAAAAAGUUACGUAUUGAACGUCGCAAGUUGAUGGAGAAGGAACGCAAGAAAGCUGUUAAGGCUGCAUACGCCAGACAGAAAGAGGCUAAACUAAAGAAGGGGUCCAAGUUUGAUUUUAGCGACGACGAAUCAGAGAACUCUAGAAGUCGAUCUUCGGCUGAUGGUGUUGACGGUAUGACGGUGGGAGAAGGCGAGGACGGAGUGGAGAUACUGCCCUCUUAUGCAGACUUGCACUCCAACAGACAGUUGAUGGCAAUGUUCCGGAAGUUCAUCCAGGAUGGGGACUCCAAAGAGUUGGCCCUCUUCCUGCCCCUCUACAACGACCUCGACACUUACUUUGAUAUGAAAGACAACAAACAGAAGAAAGACUCUCACGCUGGUCAUAUAUACAAGACAUACCUAGACGCUCAGAGUAAGAAGUUCACCCCCCUGCCUGAGAAGAUCUCCACCAGGGUGGCGGGGGAGAAAGACAGGCCCAAGUCCGCCACACUGAAGGAGGUCCACAAACAUGUACAGUCCAAGCUGGAGGAGCUGUUCAAAGAUUUUAUUCUGUAUCAAGCUGAGGAGUUCGGCGUAGACCCGAAGGACCUGGCGUCUAUGUCCCAGGCCGAGCUCACUAUGAGGAUGGGGGCAGACACGGGGACGGCGUGGAAGAAGAAGAACAAGGGCAAGGAAUCAGAAGAGGAAACGAAACAGGACAAGGAGAAAUCUACACAAAUAAGGGAGAUAACUCUUGAUUCUAUCAAAGUUCGCGUUUUCGAAGGGAGUCGCCGGCAGCAGCCGAAGUUAAGCGUGAAUAAACCUUCACUUAAAGCUAGUGCAGAUAAACGAAAACGAUCCAGUUCCAAGGUCCGCGACAGGGGAGACUCCCAGCCAAGAGAACAGUUCUCGAGGGUUGAUCGGGGCUCUCCAGGCAGUUCACAGGAUAGAAGUUUAGGCACUCCGUCGCCUACGUUUCUGGCUGCGCGUAGAGCAAGACGUGCGCCAAAGGCGACAGGUCGGGCCCACCCAAGCCGCGAGGACAAGAUAGAGUUCCUGAAGGCCCUGGGGGAGUCUGCGAUGGGGCAUCUCAAUAUGCAGAUGCUGUUCUUCUUCAAGUACCUUGUCAAACACGGCCCUGAAGAUGGCAUGCCUCAGAUAGACAAGGACUUGUUCUUCUAUGUUGAAGUCCAGAAAUUUAAGGACUGCAGCCACGCACAUUCCAACGAGGAGCUUCUGCGCGCCAAGGUCCAGUCUAUCGUAGAGUGCUUCCUGGAGUCUGUCACGACUCCAGCCCUCCAGGUUGACAUCACGCCAGAGACUCACACGAAGACGAACAAGACCACUGCACGCUACCUUCAGGGAAAGGAAUCAGGGUCCAACAUUUUCGAUGAAGCCCAGUUCCAGGUGUUCAAGGAACUGCUUCCCUACUGGGCCGGCUUCAUGAAGUCUUUCGCCAUGGACGACAAGAAGAAGGCACCAAAAACUAAAUAUCAGAAACUUGUAGAGAAGAGAUUGAACUCCAUACAGAACUAUCAAAUGCCACCCACGACCUUCACCCUUCCAUCAAUACCAGAGGGCGCUGUUCCCGCCUUCACUAUUACGCUAUCGGAAGGGGUCAAGUUCAAGCAACCUGAGGCGCCGGAUGAUGGCCCAUCUCUCCCAACACCCAAUCCGGACCGGUUGAGUAAACUGGGCGGCGCAUCAGACAGGCAGAACCGGUCCAAGAUUGCUAGUGCUAGUACCCUUAACAGUGCUCGAACAUUCAUCAGAUGAGGAUGAACCCAGCAUAGCCUGUCACUGUGUAGCUUCAUUUCAGUUGCGAAAUGCGACCCUUCAUUACAAUGGCAAGCAAUUUCACAGCCCGUACUUUGAACCUAUAUAAGUAAAACCUGUCAGGUAUAUUGAAACCAUUGAGACUAAACACCUCAGUGGGUAAGAAUUAUGUUACAUUAUGAAGAGUGUAUAAAUACUUAAAGGUAGUCAUCGAGAUGUCAUUCCAAACGCUGCUUAAUCCCAAAACGAGGCGGUGGCUUCCUUUAAUGCUGAACAUGUUUAAUGUUAUGGGAGUGAGUGAUGGCGUGAUGUUUGAUUUUACGCAAUGCUUUGUACUGACUUUAUGUAUAAUUAUGGUAUUAAUUAGUCGUGUACGUGUAUAUGUCUUGCUAGUAGUAUAGGUCAGUAUCGAUGAAUGCUGCAGUCAACUCCGUAUAUAAGUACGUCACAUUAAGUCACAUUUUGCCAACAAAGAUCGAUUUUAUCUUUGUGAUAUUUGCACGUGUGCUUAUUAGCUACCUUCAAAGCAGUUGGUCAGUAAGAUGACACAGUACAGGAUAUGUCGACGCCAUCCUUGGUUCAUGAGGUCACAAUUGAAAAAGAAACGUCAUCAAAAUAAUUGACUCAUACUGAUGUUUGAGUUGACAUUUCAGUACAUUGCUCUAAGGGAUAAUGAACUCGAAACUCGCUAGUUACGAUAUCAGAAAUUCCCCGAGCGUAUAAAAUUGCCAGAUAUUUGUUAACGAACAAAACUCUUAUCUCAGGCACUGAUAUUCGUUCAUUGAUACUGAAUAAAUAAUUUUGGACUUACUGUACUUAUUCUAAUUCUAACUCAAGUUUCGAGAGGGACAUUUUUUGAUAAACAUAAAUGUCCCUAUGAACCAUCGGACAGUAUAUACGUACCUUAUUGCCGCACAAAGUAUUCAGUGAACUAGACGAGCAAUGGGGAUGACAAAUCUGCAGAAAUUCUAAAAUUUUCAGGGGGCACGGGUGGCCCAGUCGUCUAAGGCGCCGCGAUUCGCUGUGCAGAGUUGCGUCCCUUGGUCACGCCAGAAACCUAUGAUUGUGGGUUCGAAUCUCGGUUCGCCCCGAUUAU